UUCAAAGCCUUUGCGCCGCACUCACACAAAACUCAUCUUCAACACUUCAACUUCAAGAGUACUUAGCACACAAUUAAUGGAUCAUCACUCAGGACUCGUGCCCACAAUUCAGAACAUAGUCUCGACGGUGAACCUGGAUUGUCGCUUGGACUUGAAACGCAUUGCGUUAUCCGCAAGAAACGCUGAGUACAACCCUAAGAGAUUCGCCGCUGUGAUCAUGCGGAUAAAAGAGCCCAAAACAACUGCCUUGAUAUUCUCUUCGGGGAAGCUUGUGAUCACUGGAGCCAAAAGCGAAGACAAGGCCAGACUGGCUGCGCGAAAGUUCGCCAGAGUGGUGGAGAAGAUUGGGUACCCUGUGAGGUUCAGAGAGUUCAAGAUUCAGAACAUGGUUGGGUCUUGUGACUUGGGGUUUCCUAUUAGGCUCGAGGGGAUCUCGAUUCAUCAUGCUGCGUUUUCGAGUUACGAGCCUGAGUUGUUUCCGGGGUUGGUUUAUAGGAUGAAGGAUCCCAAGAUUGUGCUUCUUGUGUUUGUUUCUGGGAAGAUUGUGAUCACGGGAGGGAAGAGGAAGGAGGAGAUUUAUAAAGCCUUUGCGAAUAUCUAUCCUGUUCUUACUGAGUUUCGGAAGAUUGUUACGUAAUUUGAACCUGAUUGUGGCAAUACUUGCCACUAAGGGAGGAAAAGGAGUGCAGAAUUGGAUAUAUUGCGGCUAAGU